CAGUGGAGCUGGCCUCGGCACCGGGAGAGGCUGGACUUCCCGUCUCUCUGUGCUGAAUGGCUGCGAUGGCGCCCGCUCUCACUGACGCAGCAGCUGAAGCUCACCACAUCCGAUUCAAGCUGGCUCCCCCGUCCUCCACCUUGUCGCCUGGCAGUGCCGAGAGCAACGGCAACGCCAACAGCAUCCUCCUGGCUGCCAACAGCACCAAAAGGAAAGCCAUUGCUCCGGAGGAUCCCAGUUUAGAUUUCAGAAACAACCCUACGAAGGAAGAGCUGGGCAAGCUGCAGCCGCUAGUGGCCUCUUAUCUCUGCUCGGAUGUAACAUCUGUUUCUUCAAAAGAGCCUCUGAAGCUGCAAGGAGUCUUCAACAAGCAGACAGUCCUUAAAUCUCACUCUCUCUUAUCUCAGUCCUUCUUGAAAACAAGUGAUCUGUUGGGGAGGCAACCGGUGUUGGAAUUCACUUUGGAGAAUCUAAAAACAAUGAGUACUAAUAGCCAGCCACCUCUCCCGCAAGCGCCUGUAAAUGGCUUGGCCAAGAAAUUGGCCAAAAAUACCAAUUCAGACCAUGAAAACUCUAGUUCUCUGAAUGGUGGGAAGUGUGCUCCUCCUGCUGCUGCCCUCCAGGGUGUUGACUAUAAUGCAGGAGGUUCUGAAUUGGGGGACUUGAAGACCGGGUUGACCAAUUGCACUCUUCCACGUAGAAGCCUUGAUGCAGAGCACACAACUCCGUUUAGCAAUAAUAGCACUGCAAACAAAUCUUCCCUUAAUUCCACAGAGCAACAGCGGGUUCUCGAGGGUGGCAGUGGAGAGACUCGGUUGCCCGGUGUUGCUAGUCACUCUGACUUUGGGAGCAGUAAGUUGGAGGAGCAGAAACCACAUCUGUUGGCCGGUCACCACAGUGCUCUCGACUCCGAGAUGAGGACGAGGGCAUUGCUGCGACGGCAGGCAGACAUUGAGAACCGUGCCCGCAGGUUGCAGAAACGCUUGCAGGUGGUGCAGGCAAAGCAGGUGGAGAGACACAUCCAGCAGCAGUUGGGUGGCUUCUUGGAGAAAACUCUGAGCAAGCUUCCAACUUUGGACCCCCUGAGGCAUCGGAGCCAGCUGAUGUUGACCAGAAAAGCAGAAGCAGCCUUGAGGAAAGCUGCGAGUGAGACAGUUACUUCAGAAGGCCUAAGCAGCUUCUUGAAGAGCGAUUCAAUAUCGGAAGAACUGGAGAGAUUCACGGCCAGUGGUAUGGCCAACUUGAGAUCCAGUGAACAAGCGUUUGACUCGGAUGUCACUGACAGCAGCUCGGGAGGAGAGUCUGACGUUGAAGAAGAGGAACUGACCAAAGCAGACCCAGAACAACCCCACGUACCGCUGAGGCGAAGGGCAGAGUGGAGAUGGGCAGCAGACCGUGCAGCCAUCGUCAGUCGCUGGAAUUGGCUCCAAGCCCACGUCUCAGACCUGGAAUACCGAAUCCGGCAGCAAACGGACAUUUACAAGCAGAUUAGAGCCAAUAAGGGGCUGAUAGUUCUUGGUGAAGCAUCACCCCCUGAUCCUGCAGUAGAUGAUGCAUCCCGUCCCGUUAGUGCUGAAGUUAAGCUGGAGCCCGGGGCUGACCGGCUGAGUGUUUCUGGAUCCCAGCCACUAGAGAACGUGGGUAUUUCUGCUGCAAAUACUCCUGAAUCCCAUCCCACCAAGCCCUGUGGAGCACCAAGACCCGUCAAUGGAGUUAUUAACACUCUUCAGCCUGGCCUGGCAGAACACGCUCAGGGAGAUGGCCAGGAAGCUGAGGAGCUCUUGCAUAAAAAGCAACGACUGAACAUGGUUUCUUCAUCUUCGGAUGGAACAUGUGUAGCAGCUCGCACUCGCCCAGUACUGAGCUGUAAGAAGCGACGACUUGUUCGACCUAGCAGCAUUAUGCCCCUUUCCAAAAAGGUCCAUCGUAAUAGCCUGGUGCGAUGUAGCUGUGAUGUGAACCCUUCGUGUGCUCUGUGUGGCACCCGAAGCUCAACGACUCUGGAAAUCCAGUAUGAUGCCCCUUUGCUGGAGCGCCUCUCCCAACUGGACUCCUGUAUUCAUCCUGUCCUCUCAUUCCCAGAUG